AUGAAGGACUCCAGCGAUUGGGAGCCAACAGACUUCUCCAGUUCGAACUCGGGCUUCUUAGUCGCUAAAGUCCAGAGACUGGGAGCAGCCAAUGAGGAUGCACACAACUUGGCGAAGAAGGAGGAAUCGAGUCCCACCAGGAAACGAUCAAAUGAUCUGAUAGAAAAACAGGAAAAGAAGUUCGCGGAGGAUCCUCUCAAAGAUGACUUGUACGAUCCAGACAUGGACGAUAAGGAUGAAGAGUUCGUAAACCAAUUCAUUCACGUUGAGGGUACGGAGGAUGGCGAACAGCAAGGCGGUAGUAGACGGCGGAAAGUGAAGCAUUCGGACGCUGUUCUAUCCUGUCCACAAUGCUUUACGCAAAUAUGCUAUGUCUGCCAGGAACAUACUCGGUAUAGUAAUCAAUAUCGGGCAGUAGAGGUUCGGAAUUGUCGAGUUGAUGAGGAUAAGGUUACGUCGUAUAAGGACGGACCGGACACUUACAAUCCUGUCUAUUGUAGUAACUGCGGACUUCAAGUAGCAAUGCGAGAUCGCUCGGAUGGGGUUUACCAUAUUUUUGACUGUAUUAAAGACGACCCGCGAGAGUAG